AUGUAUCGGCCAACAGGUGCCAUGCGGCUGCCACGGCCAUCCCGUUUUUUCUUCAGGGGACGGCGCAAUACGCCGAUGUACUACUCCGGUCGAGCAGGCGCCGAAGGUCAUCCCGACACGCUGGCAGAAUGCAUUGGUGCUGGUCGCACAGACCCGGAAUGGAUGUGGCUGAAGCUUCUUUGCUUCUUCUGCGUGAGCUCAACGGUGGGAACGUGGAUUUGGCAGACGUACUUUUAUGAGCAGGCGAAGUUUUUCAAAGAUGAGCCGUGGUCGCCAUUUAAGAACUGA